AUGGAUUUUAAAACAAAAAACCACCAAUCUGUCAAUCAAACCUUUCAAUCUAUGCAACAACUUUACAAAUUGAAGAAGAUGAUAGCUACCCGUCUUCAACAAAUCAACAAGCCCGCGAUUAAGACAAUUCAGAGUUCUGAUGGCGAUAUCAUAGACUGUGUUUUGACGCAUAAACAACCGGCUUUUGAUCAUUCUUUAUUGAAAGGAGAAAAACCAAUGGAUCCUCCUCAAAGUCUAAGAAGGCAUAAUCAAAUAGAAAAUACUAGUGAUCACUUUCAAUUAUGGAGUUUAUCGGGUGAAUCAUGUCCUGAUGGAACAAUUCCAAUUAGAAGAAUAACAGAAGAAGACAUUUUAAGAGCUUACUCUAUCAAUAGCUUUGGAAGAAAAUUCGCGGGUCCUUACGUACAUGAAUAUGCAAUUGUAUCAGAGGAAAAUAAUAUGUUCUAUGGAGCUGAGGGUGCCAUAAACGUGUGGACACCCUAUGUAGAAAGUUCGAAGGAAUUUAGCGUGGCGCAAAUGUGGCUUGUCGCUGGUACACCUGGAAAAGAUCUCAACAGCAUUGAAACUGGUUGGCAGGUCUACCCGCAACUCUACGGUGACUACCACACUAGAUUUUUUAUUUAUUGGACGGGUGAUGAUUAUAAAAGCACUGGGUGCUACAAUUUAAUGUGUCCAGGCUUUGUUCAAACUAACAAAAAAUAUGUAAUUGGAGGUACAAUUUCUACGAUUUCAACAUAUAAGGGAAAGCAAUAUUCCAUGCCCUUAAAGAUCUUGAAGGAUAAUAAAACUGGAAAUUGGUGGCUUGGAUAUGGAUAUGGAUCUGAAAAUUUAAUUGGGUACUGGCCGUCCAAGUUGUUCACACACUUGAAGCAUGCUGCAAAUGAAGUUAAUUUUGGUGGAGAAAUAGUGAAUUUCAAAACAACAGGGUCUCACACUUCCACCGUAAUGGGGAGUGGAAACUUUCCUGAAGAGGGUUUUGGAAAAGCUGCAUAUAUUAAAAAUAUGCAAGUUAUAGAUGAUGAUUACAACUUGAUUCCCUUGAAAAAUCCUAGGCAUAUAGUAUCAAAUUUUUAUUGUUAUAGGACGGUACAAGGAGAUACUAAUCCGAAGUGGGGGUAUCACAUUUACUUUGGUGGACAUGGCAAGGGUAAAAAUUGUCCCUAA